UGAAAAGAGAAAAAUUACUACAUCUGAAGUUAAAACAGUGCUGGAAAUACUAGGAAAAAUGGUAUACAGUAAGACUGAAGAUGUAUACAAUUAUCUUUACGAGAAACUUAUAGAUUUAAAAUUGCCCUUAGUUUCUUUGUAUUUUAAUACACAUUGGCACUUUAUUAGAAAAGAAUGGGUGAUAUAUUGGAGAAAUGAGUCACCACAUCUGCUCAAUUUUACUAACAAUCGUUUAGAAUCUCUUAAUCAAAAAAUUAAAAGAGUUGUAAAUAAAUAUUCUCCUUUAAAUGAUCUUUUUUCAGAUUUAUCAACAGUAGUUAGUUCUCAAGCCUUUGAAAGGCAUCACAGAAAUAUAAUGUGUAUUGAGAGGCUACCAUGUGUCACCUACGCAUGUUAUACUCCAGAAAAUUUGUAUUCAAUUCUUUUAACACCAUAUGCCUUUAAAAUUAUUUUAAAUGAAAUCUCAUUUCAUAAUCAAAUACAUCUAUUAAAUAUUGAUACUAUUUUAAACCAUGCGUUGGUCUGUGAAAAGGGUGUAGAAUUUAAAAUUACACUAAAAUCAUGUGCAUGUGGCUUUUUGACUUGCAUAAAGCUGCCUUGUCGCCACAUAUUAGCACUUCAUGCUGCCUUAAAAUUGGAUAUUUAUCUUAAUCAUCUCUGUGGAGAGAGGUGGACUAAAAAAUAUACACAGGAUAGCUCAAUAUUGUCACCUGAAGAUUCUUCUCUGUCUCAGUCAUAUUUAAACAUUUCCCAACAUCAUGAUUUUCCAUGCACAAAAAAUUUGUCAACCAAUGAAAAAUUUAAACAAGUUCAAAGAAUAUUGAUGCCCUUUUCAAGUUUAACAUCUCAGCUUCCUCAAGAAAUUUUUGAUGUAUUUAUCGAAAAACUAAAAAAACUUGAUAGUAUAGUUCAAGCUGGAAAAUAUUUUGAUAUCAUUGAAGUGAAUCAAAGUAUAUUUCCCAAUCCCAUAGUUAUUCCAAAGAUAAACAUUAUACAAUAUACAAAUGUAAUAAUCCCUAUCAUAAAAUCAAUAUCAAUUAUUCCUAAGACUGAGAAAAUUGUAGAUAUUGAUGAAACUCUCCAAAAAUUAAAAAGUAUCAAACUACCACUCAAAAUGAGAAAAAAAGGUAGAUCCAGAAAAUCUGAUUUAUCAGUAAUAGGAAUUUCAAAUAAAAAGGGGAAAUUAUCAUCAUCAAAUAAGAUAUUACCAAUUAAAAUGGGCAUCCACUCACAACCAAAUUUAACACUUGUUGAAAACCCAAAAUUGAGCUCUAUUUUAUCAUCAAACAGCAAAAUAAUAUUACCUAUCAAAAUGGGCCUAUACUCACAACCAAAUAAGACUUUUGUUAAAAAUGCAAUGACAAAAGAUACUAACAAUAUACCCCAAACCUUAAAAUUUACUCUUAUAAAUAAAGCACAUUCUAAUACCAAUCAAAAGGGUUGUAUUCCAUUUUUAGAAAAUUACCUACCUAGACCAAAUGUGAUAUUGGAUCAAAUUGCACAUAAAUAUAGACCUCUCAAAACUUCAUUCAAAAAAAUUCAAUCUACACAAGAUCCAAUAUUCAUUUUUCAGCCAACAACAUCGGAAUGGAAAAAAUAUCAUUCUGAAAUUUUAGGCCUAACCUUAAAUGCACCUCAAAAUUCUCAAAAUUUAACAUCCACAAACUUAGGGGAUCCCGAUAAGGUCGACCAAGUCCUAGGUGAUGGAAAUUGUUUAUUCAGAUGUAUUAGCAAGGAGAUUAGCAAUAAUGAGGAAUAUCAUGAGAUGAUCAGGAUGGCUAUUAUUUCUUUUAUGAUGCAACAUUCCAACUACUUUUCUGGAUUUAUAGGGAUAAAAACUACUGAUUACAUUGUGAAGAAUAAAAUGGGCUGCAGUGGCACAUGGGCAACAGAUGUGGAAAUUGCAUGUGUCUCAACAUUGCUUCAAACAAGAGUGUUUGUUUUUUAUGACAAAUGGCUUGCCUUUGACCCUUUAUUUAUUAUUCCUGAAAUAAAAAAUUUUUUCUGUUGCAUUUAUAUAAAGAAUAAAAAUUAUCAUUAUAAUUUAGUUUUGUCCUGUAAAUGAUAUAUUUAUAUAUAUAACCAUUUUAUGAGAAUAUUUUUUUUAGUCUUAUUUUUUUACUAUAAAAGUUUUAGUUAUCUAUUUAUAUUUAUACACAAAAGUAAUUUUUAUAUUUUUUUUACUAUAAAUACAUCUUUAUAAAUAUUUAGUCUAUAUACACAAA